AUGGAAGAGAUGAUCCUGGGACCCUCGCUUGGACAACUUGGAAGUAUAGCUGGCAGUCGGCCAUGGCUAUGGAUCUCACUGUCCUUGUUGAUUGGUGCAAUGUCCUUCUCUUCUCUUUUGCUCAAUCCACCAAAAACUGAGUUUGGCUUUGAGCUUGGUUACACUACUGCCGAUGCUCCAUCGAUUCUUGAGAUGAGAGCUCAAAGAGAUUUUUUCACCGACGGGAAAGAGGGUAACCCAUGGUAUCAAGCACUUUUUGCCGAACCACGCGACUCGAAAAAAUCAAUGCACGAAGGCAAAGAAUACAACGAAUUAAAGGCAUUCUAUAGACGAAUUAAAAAUUUAACGAUCCGAUACGACGAAACUCUAGGCAAAGAUAUCACUUAUUACGAUUUAUGCGGGUCUACUUGUAAUCUCAACGAGCUUCUUUUUACGACAGAGGAAUGGUCAUUCUUUGGAAUGAAGUAUCCAAUAACUCAUUUGUCAUACGUUUUUUUGUCAUACGUGUCCAACAUCGGGAAACACUUUUAUCAUGUGAGGACGGAUAAUACUUCGAAAUUGUUGAAUGCUAACAAAGCCAUGCUAGUGUUCAUGGCAUUUUAUCAAACAAAAGAAGUGAAAUCCGAUUUGACACUGUAUGAAGAAGUUGUCCAAUACGCAGUAGAUGAUUACAACUCCAGAGGAAAUAGCAGCCUCAUUUUGACGCUUCAUGGAGAGAGAGGAAUGUCGAGCGCUGUUCAACAAGGAAUGUCUCACGCAUUUGAAUACCUUGGAUACGGUGUUGCCCUUUCUGUUAUUGUCCUGUUCGGCGUGCUGCUUUUCUUCAGUAUACUGUUCAGCCAGCUAACUAUCUUCAGAAUUAUCUUCAUCUGGAUUUGCGCCAUGGUUGUACCGUUGCUUGCGUUCAUCACUGCUUUUUCCAUUUAUAACUUCUUGGGAUACUCCAUCACCCCACUCACAAUUUUUACACCAUUCUUGGCAUUGAUGCAUGGUAAUAAGUAUCCAGUUGGUUUUUUUUUUAAUUCAGUUUUUCGUAUAGGUUUUUACACUGUAAUCAUGCUCACUCACACUUGGCUCAGCGACUCAGAGCUCCGACGAGAUUCGAGAGAUGAACAUCUUUUGGAGGUUUUCGCUACUUGCAUGCCAUCAUUGAUCGUCACUUCUAGCCCAGCAGCGGCAUUGAUCGUCUGUUUGGUGUACCCAAUUGCCAACUAUGCUGCAGUUUCAUUCUUGAUGGGACUCAUUAUGUCUUUUGUAAUUGUCUUCUCAGUUUUCUUUUUCUCUCCGGCAAUGCUCAUCAUUUGCCCUGCUCAAGAUUUCACACCACUACCAACUGGCAACAAUAAAGAAGUUGUUAAACCAACCUUGAAGAAAGUAGAGAGCUUGAGAGGUUUGGUAGACAAGUUGGUAACUCUUACAAUUACAUUCAUUUUAGACUGCUACUGUGAGCAUGUGGAUAGAUCGAAGUGUGUAAAGGUUGUCGCUGUUGUCUUUGUCUUGGUCCUUCUGGUGGUUCCCGUCUAUUUCGGAUGCACAUCGUUAGAAGGAAAUCUCGACUACAGACAACUUCUAAGACCAGACAACCCAAGAAACUAUGGUGUGCAUUUGAUGAGUGAUGUCGUCUGGCCAACGUGGUUCUCGAUUAUGUUCUUUGUGAAUAAACCACCAACUUUUUCAAAUCCUCGAGAAUACGGUAGAUUCAAAAGCAUGAUCGCAGAAAUCGAAGAGAUUGAUGGCAAACUUCCCAGUGAUACUGACAUGGUUUGGAUCAAUGACUUUUGUAGACAUACUGGCACUAAACCGACAGAUGACUCACUUAAUAUGACUCAAUUCAAAAGCUUUAUCGAAGAUUUCAUCUACAAAUCUUGGAAGGAUGGUGUUAAAUAUGAGUUUAUCAAUGACACCACGCCAGUUAUUACUAGCAUGUUGCAUAUUGUAUCAUUCCAAGGAACAAAGUCUCUAGCCGAUAAAGCGCGACUAUUCGAAAAGUGCAGAGCUAUCACGAACAAGUAUCCGGAAUUCAAAACUACUCCGUUCGACACUGAAAUUGGAUUUGCUGAUAUCAUUCUUCAAGUUCCGUUGGUAGUGGCAGUAAUUCCACUGGUUUCAAUCACUACUAUGUUUAUUGUCAGCACAAUAAUCAUCGGAAACUUGUCAGUGGCCAUUCUCAACUUUUUCUUUGCUGGACUUCUCUAUGCAUCUACUAUCGGAACCGUAUCUCUUCUGGAAAUCAAUGUAAAUCCUUUCAACGCCGCUUUCUUUUUGAUUAUCGCUGCUAUGUCACCAAGCUACACAACUCAUUUCUGCUAUUAUUACCAGCAGGCUAUGCGUAUCAAGCCAAGAGCAGCGAAGAGAGAUCGAAUGAAUGAGAUGUUGAGGAAGUGCUUUUUUCCGUGUAUUUCGAGCAUCCUGUGCGCAUUCUGCGUCUUUCUCCCAUGCAUGUUCAGUGACAUUGAUAUCUUCAUAGCCGUUGCAUUCACCAACAUUGUUUUCUGUAUUCUCGGAGUCCUCAUUGCCUUCUGCGCUCAAGUAUUCCUCAACAUGCUCCCCGAUAUGUUUACUGGAACUCACUGGUUCUGCUCUCCACAAUCCUAA